UUGCCUACUCCGAUGCGCAUGCGCACAUUAUCAUGGCGGAACAGACUGUACCAGCUGGGAAAGUUGUGAAAUUAAACACAUAGUCGGGUUUUAAAAACAGAAAAUGGGGUUUUAACUCUGUAUUUUUUUAUAUGUGUAAGUCUAGAUAGAAAGCACAUCUCUAGAAAGUCAAGAGGAACGAUGACAGCUAACGAGGAUCAAGAGAUGGAGCUGGAGGCUCUUCGCUCAAUUUAUGAGGGGGAUGAAGGUUUCAAGGAAAUCAGUCCAGUGUCCUUUCAGUUCAGGAUAGGAGACCUUGAUGACACCAAGGCGUUCAUCCUGGACGUGACCUGGCCAGAGACAUACCCUGAGACAGCCCCACAAAUCUCCCUUGAUGCCUUUUUCAAUAACAGGAUCUCUCCUGAGACAAAGCUGAUGAUCUUGUCAAAGCUGGAGGAGCAGGUGGAGGCAAACCUGGGGACUGCCAUGAUGUACACCCUGUUUGAGUGGGCCAAGGAAAACCAGGAGGCCCUCAUGGAAAACCAUAAACCUGUUAUGACUACUGUGUCAUUGACCUCCAACAAUGAAGUGACCACUUCUGGCUCAACUGCCAAGAAAAGGGAGAAGAAAGAGCAGCUGACCAAAGCUCAGAAGAGGAGGAUCAUCAACAGGACAGAUAACAAAGGGGAACUGCCACGAGGUUGGAACUGGGUAGACGUUAUUAAGCAUUUGAGUAAAACAGGUGGAAAAGACGAAGACUAAGCCAGGCAGUGAAGAUCUGUGCUGCUUUGUACUCUGUGAAGUGAAGUGUGAAGCUCCUGCAGCCCGUUGAUGCUGCUGCUCUUGUCUGGAUGCCUUCACAUCCCAUCUCGCCAACAUGUUACAGUCCCCCCCUGAGAACCAAAGCAGGCUAGGUAACGGCAGACUCGGUCUUACAAACACACACACGCACACACACACCCAGCAGAACUAAGACCUUGUUCAGGCAUUCGUUAGGAGCCCUCGCUGUGUUUAACACGUUUGUGAGGAGAAACGCAUCAUCAGGUUUCACACAGUGCUCCGAUAUGACAUUAGUCAUCGGGGAGUGUGCUUGCUGUCACUGCAGUGUUCAGUGUGUGAGAUCAGGCCCAGCUGCCAGGCGCCACAGCCUUAAAUGUUGCAUAGUGGAUGUGUUCAAGUGUCAAGAACUUUGCUGCUGUUAUUCUGGGGCGUUGUGAAGUUGUGAAAGCCGAGGCAUUUUGUAACACAAAAUUCUACUUCUUCUGCCGUAAUCUUAUUUUAGUAUUUGAUCCUUUUUUCUCAUGAAUUGACUUGGACCUUUUAUAUAUAAAUAAAACCUCAUUGGGUCUA